UCCAUAACAUAAACUAUUAAACUUCGAACUGGCACCUGUUUUUUUAUUUUCGACGUAAAAGCAAGCUGCCAGGCGGGGCUUUAAUUAACAACUGACCCAUCUGCUGAAUUCAGUUCGAUCUUCUCUUCUUUUCUGUAUAUUUUUUUGGAGAUUUUGGUUUCUGGGUCAAUCACAGAAUUGCUUAACACUAACAAAAUGAUUCAAUUUGUACUUCUCAUUAGUCGACAAGGAAAAGUGAGAUUGACAAAAUGGUAUUCACCUUAUACACAGAAGGAAAGAAGUAAGGUCAUCCGUGAGCUCAGUGGAGUAAUUUUGACUCGAGGACCCAAGCUCUGUAAUUUUGUUGAAUGGAGAGGACUCAAAGUUGUUUAUAAAAGGUAUGCUAGCCUUUACUUCUGCAUGUGCAUUGAUCAGGAGGACAACGAAUUAGAGGUCCUCGAAAUAAUUCACCAUUAUGUUGAGAUUCUGGACCGAUACUUUGGCAGUGUCUGUGAGUUGGACUUGAUCUUCAACUUCCAUAAGGCCUACUAUGUAUUGGACGAGCUUCUGAUCGCUGGUGAACUUCAAGAGUCCAGCAAGAAAACAGUUGCUAGGCAAAUAGCUGCUCAGGAUUCAUUGGUGGAGGCUGCGAAAGAGCAGGCCAGUUCGAUAAGCAAUAUUAUUUCCCAGGCUACGAAGUAGGAUACAGGAUUUGUUACACUUUGAAGUGUUGUUCCAUUUGCAUUGAAUUUUAUUAUUUUUGAGAUCUGAAAUGUAUGUUAUGUAUGCUUUCUUCGUGAUGGUAACACUGAACUAUAUGUUAAAUGUGGCUCAUACAUUUUCUGAUUUA